GGACCGGCGCUCGGUGGCGGGAUGGAGGAACCCGCGAGCCCCCAGGAGCCGCCGUCGCCCGCGGCUCCCGAGACCCCCGGGCUCCCCGCGCCUGAGCAGCCGACCGAGGCCUACGCACAGCAGCUGCUGCUACAGGAGUGGGCGCCGCCGGGCGGGAGCCUGGAGCUGCCCCCGCGCCUCACCUGGAAGCUGCUCUUCCUGCAGCGGCCGCUCUACCGCAACCUGCUCCGCUCUCCCAACCCCGAAGGCAUCAACAUUUAUGAGCCAGCGCCCCCUACUGGUCCCACGCAGCAACCCCUGGAGACACUGGGCAAUUUCCGCGGCUGGGACAUUAAGACGGAGAAGCUCCAGCAGGGCCUCAGCUGGACCGUGAAGCAGCAGGGUGUGGACCUUCUGGCGGAGGGCUUGUGGGAGGAGCUGCUUGAUGUUGAGCGGCCACACAUCACGGUCAUGGACUGGUAUGAGGACAGCCGACUGGACGUGUGUGUGUAUGAGCUGCACGCCUGGCUGCUGGCAGCUGACCGCCGCACAGUCAUCGCCCAGCACCACGUGGCCCCCCGGACCUCUGGGAGAGGCCCCCCCGGCCACUGGGUCCAGGUGUCCCACGUAUUCCGCCAGUACGGUCCUGGCGUCCGCUUUGUCCGCUUCCUGCACAAGACCAAGAACCGGAUGGAGCGCGGUGGGUUGCUGCGGACGAGGGUGACCAACUCCUCGGUGUCUGUGCAGUUCAGGGAGUGAUCGGCUGGCUCCGGGCCCGUUCUGACCCCUCGCCACAUCCAUCCACCC